AUGAUAAAUAAUACAGCACACGAAAAAGUAUUAAAGAAUAGAUACUUGUUAAAAAUUCUAUUAAAAUUAGUACAACAAAAUAAUCGUCGACAACAAAUACAAUCAUAUCGAUACAAUGAACUAAACAACUUGGAGUGGAUACUAGAGAAUGGUUAUGAAGGAUUGUUAAAGAUGAUCUUUGAUAAAGGUGAAUUGGAACAAAGAUUAAGUGUAUCAACCAAAGCUGUCGAAUUGUUCUUUACUCGGGUCAAAGAUCGUCAAUUGCUACUGUCAAUCUAUAAUCAACACCCUCUUCUCUUUUGCAGAGAUGAUACAAUCAAGUGGGCAUGUUCAAGAGGUGAUGUAGAGAUUGUAAAGAUGUUGGUCAAACAAACCAAACCUUUAGCAUUGCAAUUAGGUGACCUUUCACUGUAUGCUGCCAUUCAAUCAAAUUCGAUAGAGUUGGUCAAGUACAUAGCACCGUUACAAUCAAAAACAAUCAAGAUUGCAAUCGUAUGCAAUACUAGUAACAAAGAGAUGAUUGAAUAUGUAUUUGAUCAAGUCAAUGGUGGAAGAAACCGUAGGAAGCUAAUCAAUGUAGAUUUGUUAAUUAACCAACCAACUUUGUUUAAUUGGGCCAUCACAAGCUAUCCAACUGAAUGUGUGUGGUCGUACAAAUCGAGUACAAUCAUGCCUCAAAUCAUCAAAGAAGUUUACAAUGCUUGUCAAGCAACCGAUCCGAAACAAUACCUCGCCAAUAGUAAAAUACCAUUCAAAGAUAUUUACAAUGCCGUCCGUGAAAUCAUCGAUCGAAAAAAAGAACAACCAAAGAUACCUCUUGUGGAUCUAGAACAGAGAAUGAUCAAGAUUGACAAAGACAACGAUCCCAUUUAUUAUCCAAUGGCGAUUGUCUUGGCAUUUGAUGAUUCUCAUCAAGUGAUUGGACGGUUCUUACGAUACUUGGUAAAGACUGAUCACCCAUUCUUGUACAGUUUGGCAGGAGAAAAUAUAGACUUUGUAUUAUGCCCUACCAAACUAUCCUUUCCAGAUGACAUUCACUCUGUCACCACCGGUCAAGCCAAACUCUUUUAUUUCGAGUUGGCAUUACCUCCAAUCAAUUGUAUUGACAGUGUAGGUCUGUUUGACUUUGUCUAUGACAAUCUCAUUUUGAAAAUGACCGAAGAAAAAAGGGUCAUGUGGGUGGUACAAGUCUUUGACAACGCCAUCAACCAAUGCAAUCAUGCUCUUGUACAAUACUUGUCACAAAAACUACCUGAAACGGCUUCCAUUAAAUGGAGUUUUAAUAUCAGUCGAGAGGAUGCAACCAUUCAAGAUAUAAUCGAUAUGUCUAAAUUGUUGACCGAUACUGGACACUUUGCAAAUUCAUUUUCUCAAACGGUGAUAUCAAAUAUAUCGCAUCCAACUCUUCAUCUCACCGAAUACAUUUUAAAGAGUCUUUCAACAACAACAAUAUCAUUAGCUCUACCAGUACUAUUUUAUUGUCAAAAUGAUUAUCUUUUAAAAGCUAUAUUCGAUCAAACAAAGGAAUCUGUUACAUUGGAUAGCAUUCUAAACGCAGAGUUAUCAGAUUUCAUUAUUAGAUACAGACCUGAUAAUUUAAAGUCUGUUCUAACUGGUGAAAUUCAUGAAAAACAUGGUGAACGUAUUUCUAUUGGUUGGAAUGGUAUUCAUAUGCUGUUAAAGAGCAUAUGUAUGUUUAGAAACUUGGAUCUAUUAAAAUACCUACUCGAUUUGAUUCGUAAUCAAAAGUUUAUUGAAGAUCCAAUUGACACUGUUGCUUCAAUGGUUGCAGAAUUUGGUACAGUAGAAUUCAUUCAAUAUAUCAUAUGCCGAUAUAGACUUGGAAGAAUUCAACUUACAUCAAUGCAAAAAACAGCAUGUUCAAAAGGUAACCUUGAAAAUUUUAUAUUCCUAAUUGAACAAACAGAGUUGGAUCCAGCUGGGUUUGUUCGAUACACCCAUGGUACAAAUAAAUCAAAUUAUCAAAUGCACCGAUCUGCUCAUCAAUCGAUUCUAGAUGGUGAAAUCCAAGUACAAACCACGAUUCAAGUGGCAGCUUACUGUCACCAUCUCCAUAUAAUAGAGUAUCUUUAUAAUUCCAAUUAUUUAUUUCACAACUCUACCAAACUCCACGUUAUCAAAAAAUAUCUCCUCGAAUCUUGUACUACUAAAACAACUCAAAAAUAUAUUUCUAAAUUAAAAGAUAAAUAA